AUGGAGGAAGCGGUGGCGACGGACGAGGGAACCGCACAGCCUCUACGCUCAAGAGCUCCCCACAUUAAAAAGAGAGCACUCAAGAACAAAUCUCUCUCAAUAUCUUUCAACGAGAAAGACCUAAAGGAUUAUGUAACUGGUUUUCACAAGAGAAAGAAGAAGAGGAGAAAAGAGGCACUGCAGAAACAAGAAUUAGCCCUACGCAGAAAACGCAUUGAGGCUCGCAAAAAGAGAAAAUUGGAGAGGGACUUUGCUAUUUAUGGUGGAGCUGCACCUGAUUCAGGCAUAGGAUCUGAUGGACCAGAUGAGGACAAUGAAGAUGAUGAGGAGACUGAGCCAGUGGCAUCAAUUGCAGGGACGACAAUGUAUGACAAUGGUGACAUGCAAGUCACAGUGACAACAAGCGAGAUCUCUCGCGAUCAAGAGAACAAUAUUUUGGAGGGAGCAAAGCCUCGGUACAUUGAAGGGCAUGAGAAGAGUAAGCAGAACAUUAUUCCUGUGAGUAAGAAACUGCAAUUUAAGAAGGCUUCAAAGAAGAGAUCUCGGCCAAAGCCACAGAGCAAGAGAGAUAAAAAGAAGGGAAAGAAGAAGAAUACGAGUAAAAGGCACUAG